AUGGGCUUACGAGACGAACUACGAAAAAAAUUCUCCAGUGGAAAGAAGAGCAGCUCAAGCCGUGAUGCAAGGCUACAACAAGACCAAGCGACGACAAAACUUCAUGUUUCUACCCCGCCCCACGAACAUGCUGAUUCCAAGCACAUCGAACCAAAGCCGCCUGUACAGUUGAACUUCGUUGAUGCGCCGAUUCAUGAGCUGUGGAAUGUGGCAUAUGAGAAGCUAAGCCAGCAAGAUGCAAAACUUAUUCAGGACUAUGAAGCCAGGAUUCAAGAAGAUCUGGCUACCGGCUUAAAUUUAGGUCUGGCCCCCAAGAUUAACGCACGCGAGCGAAUGGAAGUCGUCCUCAGAAACAAAAUGGACAAAGUCAAGCGCGACGCUUGGAAGCUCCAGUUCGGAGAUUCUGAGAUCCAAAUCGCAGCCAUCUUACCGGUAGUUGCGAGCAUUGCUAGCAAAGCUAACGCAUACAUCUCCACUGCUUUGGCUGCCAACCCGCCCGCUUCGCUUGCAUGGGGAGGGAUUAGCGUAUUGCUACCACUUUUUCUUAAUCCCUCUGAGCAAGCUGGAUCGCUGGCAAAAGGGCUAGAUUACAUCUCGACUCUUAUUGUUCGGGGUCAACUGCGCGAGGGCUUACACUCACGGCGAUAUGCGCUAGAAAAGAUGACCAACAGUUGUCAGUCACCUAGCCUUGAUCACUUGGCUUACAAGAAGGCUUUAGAAGCCCAGUACCGAAGUAUCUUGAGAUUCCAGGCUGAGACCUACUGCCAUUUUGCAAAAAAUGCCGCGUACAGGUUUGGCUUAGAUGCUGUCAAGUGGAACGAUUGGGAGGCAAUGAUGGAUGAUGUGCGCUCACAAGAAGACGCGCUUGCUGCGCUGGACAACCUUUGGCAUGAUGUUCAAUACAGCCAAGAGUCUUUGGCGGUAAAGAAACAGCAUCAAGAGUCUCUUGCAGCUUGGCUUACUAUUAGCGAAGAUGUUUCUAGCUUACGAAAGGCAAUAGCAGAAGCACAAAAAGACCGUGAUCGUGCAGACCUUUUGUCCUGGUUAUGCCAAGUGGAUCCUUCUCAAAUGUAUAAUGCAGCUCGUGACAAACACGAAGUUGGAACAAGCGAGUGGCUGAUGGAGAACCAAGAACUCUUGGCUUGGGAAAAAGAAGACAAAUCUCUGCUGUGGAUCCAUGGUAAAGCCGGCUCCGGAAAGUCCAUAUUGAGCUCUUCAGUCAUCAAACAUCUUGAUGAUAAAUAUUCAUCCGAUCCAUUGACUGCGGUGGCCUAUUUCUACUUUAGCUUCACCGAUCCUGAGACACAAGGAGUAGACAUCAUGCUCGCAUCCAUCAUUAAGCAGAUCUUGGCUUGUCGGCCAAAUAUUCCCCAGUCGGCUCUUAAGCUCAAAGAAUACAAGGUCAGCGGCAAGCGGCCUGAUUCUCAAAGUCUGACAACCGCAAUAAAUGAUGCUAUCUUUGGGUUUUCGGCGGUAUAUAUCGUGUUCGACGCUCUGGAUGAGUGUCCGACUUCGAGUGGAGAACGGAAGAAGCUUCUAAAAGUUUUAAGUGCCAUUCUCGACAAAGCCCCUGAGAAUCUACAUCUCCUAUUCACCAGCCGAAAAGAGAGCGAUAUUAGUGCAGCAAUGAAGCACCACUUAUCACGCCCAUGCAGUCAUGAACUAGACUUAUUGGCCUAUAGGUCUACCAUUGACGACGAUAUUGGUAUAUUUAUCGACACAAUCCUUGCGAGUGACGAUUACGAAUCUUGGCCUGCAAGUGUAAAGGGAGAAGCAAGGAAUUUGUUGGUUGAGAAGGCGGAUGGCAUGUUCCAAUAUGUUCGCUGCCAGUUCGAUGCACUCAGUGACUUAUCUACUGUUGCUGAAGUCCACGAAGCCCUCCAAAGUCUUCCCGAUGGCCUGGGUGCAACUUAUGACAGGAUGCUCCUGAAUAUUAAUCCAAAAUUCCAAUACCGGAUCAUAGAUUCGUUAAAGUGGCUGGCCUUUUCCCUUACUCCAAUUGAAGUAAAUUGGUUGUCAGAGAUCUUCACAUUUCGCGCUGAACCCUCCCAGGCUCCUGAUGGAACAGAAAAGCUAUUCCAUGCUAGUGACAUCGUAAAAUAUUUUUCUAGCUUGGUUAUAGUUGCUGAUAAUGUUGUUCGCUUGGCGCACCUUUCUAUCAAAGAAUACCUGAUCUCUACUCGGAUCACUGGCGGGCCAGCAGCAGCAUUUGGGCUUACUGAAAUCGACGCCCACUUACACCUCGCAACUUGGUGUUUGAACUAUCAUUUCCUGCACGCCGAUGAUGGUAUAUAUAAGCAUAUCAAACCGGAGGACAGUUUCAAGGACAAACCGGACGACUUGGACAGUUAUACCAGUACGCAGUGGGCCCGGCAUCUCGAAAUGGUUCCGAGCAAGUUGUGGCCUUCUGAAAUCGUCCAAAUGGCAUCAUCUGCCCUUGAAGCCCGUAGCAGGACUCUGGCUAAGAUGAUAUCUUUGGACAUAUGGUUUCAUCGUGGAACAAAUGUGUUCUUAGUGCAGCCAAUACAUUACAUUACUCGGCUAGGUCUUUCGAAUCUCGCCAUGAUGCUGCUCUCAAACGGACCUGAAACCAACAACUUUUUUACGCAGGAGGAUUUAGACUUGGCGUUGGUGGAUGCGGCUUAUGCGGGAAGUAUUGAGUUGGUCCGCCGGCUUCUUGACAAAGGCGCCAAUAUACUGGCGGAAGAAGACGUUGUGAGCACUAGUCAUGAGCAUAUGAUGCGCAAUUUUAAUGGCAGCAUAGACCGUGGUUUCGCAUUACACGCAGCAGCGGAAGGUGGUCACCUCGAGAUUGUGCAGCUUUUAAUGAACAAGGGAGCGGACAUCAAUGCGAAUCACGGUCAAGCUGGUUCAGCGUUGCACGCAGCAGCAAGGGGAGAUUAUCUCGACAUUGUCAAGUUUCUUGUUGACCGUGGAGCUGACAUUCACGCUCGAUUGAGCAUGGAAGGCAGCGUGCUUGCCUCCUCCAUUCACUCCACUAACGACCAUUGCUUUCACUUUCUUCUCAGCAAAGGUGCCUUGAAAAGGGACGACAGAGAAACGGCGCUUAUCAGGGCAGCGUCAGUCAGUCGUUGGGAUUUGUGUGAUUUCCUACUUGAUCAAGGGGCCAGCAUUCAUGCUUCUGACCCGAAAGGUAUAGACCAGUCCCCACUUCAAGCAGCGUGCACAUUUUCAUUCCUUGGCCGUGAAAGGGGAGAUUACACCAAGAGGAUCAACUUUGUUCAGCGACUGCUGGAUCUCGGAGUAGACAUCAAUGCCCCAGGAGGCAUUAAUGGAAAUGCCCCAGGAGGCAUUAAUGGCAAUGCCCUGCAAGCUGCGUGUGAGAGCGGCGAUAUUCGUCUUGUAAAGAUAUUGUUGGACAGGGGAGCUGAUGUUAAUGUCAGGGAUGAGUUUGGUCAAGACGCGCUGCAAUAUUCUCUCCGGGCCUCAAGAGAUAGGCUGGAUAUCAUGAAGCUGCUGCUAAGCAAUGGGGCAAAGGUCAAUGCCCAGAGUUCUCAAGGAAAUGCUCUGCGAGUCGCUUGUAACAUGCGUUGUUCGAAGGAUGAGAUAUCCCUUUUACUCGAGCAUAGCGUCGGAAUCCAUGCUGGAAGUGAAGAUUUUGGAAUAGUGCUUGAGGCUGCCGCGGCUCAUGGACAAGAAUGGCUUGUUCGUGAGCUACUUGAACGAGGAGUAGGUGUGAACGAAGGCGGUGAUCAAUAUGGAACCGCGCUCCAAGCUGCCUAUCGUCUCAACAACAGCGAGCAGGCACAAAAUAUCGUAAAGUUACUUAUUGAACAUGGCGCUGAUGUCCACGCUAGAGGUGGUGUAUAUGGCAGCGCUUUAACCGUUGCGGCGGCCAACCUACGUCUUCCGAAUAGCAGCAUCCAGCAGCUGCUCGACUUGGGUGUCGAUAUCAACGACUGCGAGGAAUUAAGUGGCAUCACAGCUUUACAAGCCGUAUUAGAGAACUUGACUGACGAUAUUGAGCCCAGCAAGUUACUUGAAAGGCUUCAAUUUCUCUUGGAGCGCGGCGCUGAUGCUAAUGCUGGGACGGGGCAUUACGGCUUCGCCCUCCAGUCAGCAGUGAUGGCCAGGCAUAAAAGCGUUAGGAUACCUCUCUAUCGGAAUGUAGGCUUGGAGUUUCUCCUUGACCACUACCCUGAUAUCAACGUCAAUGCAGAAGGAGGCGAAUUUGGCUCUGCUUUACAGGCAGCGGCAUACGCAGGCCAGCCUGAAUCAGUCAAGUUGCUGAUACAAAAGGGGGCAAAUGUCAAUGCGCAGGGAGGAGAGUAUAAAAACGCCCUGAAUGCGGCUACUAUCUGGGGAUUUUGGGAUAUUGUCAUGAUUUUGCUGGAUAAUGGUGCGGAGCCGGACUGUUAUCGAUCAGAGAAACCCGAUGAAGAAUGGCUUUGUAGUAUGGUGAACAAGUGCGGUCGAGGUGCUAGAGAAAGAUAUGAAAGGGUUUGGGAAAUGAAGAAUCCAAAGCACGACGUAGCUAAAUAG